AAAUUCAAAUUGCAGCCGAUUGCAAACUUGCAGUGUGCGGGAAGCAUACAUUAAUUUUUAGAAAGAGGGCCGUGGGGUACAGGCGCUUAGUACCAAAAGCAUGGUAUUCUAUUAUAGAAGAUGUUAGAAGAUGCUCAACUACAUUUUGAUUUUUGAACUAUAUUAUAUUCAAGACAAAGUGGCUGCAAAAUGCAACCUAGACUGGAAUGCAGUCCUAGAGCUUGGCUAGAACUUUGAUUUCGUAGCAAGGGGUAUAUCAUGAUAUAGACUGUGCCGUAAAAUACCUCUCAGGUAGGUACAUCUGAGAAAUUGGACUGAUAUGAUUUUCAGGCUUUGCAUUCCAUUGGCUAGUUCUGACUUGAACCCUGGCUGGAUCCAGCUUGGACAUGUUGAUGUGCCCUGCUUGGAUCCUCGAUCCCGGAUCAUUGAUUCAGGAUGAAUCUUGAGUGAUUUUCUGGGCUGUGCUUUUUUCUGGACAAUUGGCAGCUGGCACCGUCUGGUGGCGCUAGCAGAGCUUGUUAUAUAUCAAUGCCAGAUACAAAUUAGGUUCUACUAAAUAUCCAUUUCUUAAUUUUACAGUGAGUGCCAUUUUGCGUGUUCAUGUCCAUCUCCUACCGUGUUUAUAUCAAUAAAUAACAGCUAUUGUACAUCGCCAGCUGGCCAGCCAGCUGAUUUUAUCCAGUUGUUAUUGAGGCCUGAUUUUCUCAGAACUGUAAACUCUGAAGGAAUGCAAAAUAAUGGUUCAUACUUCAUUGAGAGGUUUUUAUCAGCCAUGUUUUCCACCAUAAUUCCAGACUUGAAGACUGUCAAUCUCAGCCACCUCAGUUUUUGUGAUUGGUUGCUGCUCAGCUGCUGGGAUCCGUGCCAUGUCUGGUCACUAGGAUGUUGUGAAUCUAACCUAGCUGUAUUGAGCGUGAGAACUGAGAAUUCACGUCUGUUCACAAAUUGCCUUUUGACAAGCUGUUGGGCUAUGAUUGGAUGCCUCGGGCAGUUGGAAAUGAGGAUGCUUGGAACCGUCUGUAAGCUACACAUCUGACAGUAAAUGACGUGAAGAGGGUAAAUGAUCAGUAAGAUAGUAAGCUACACGUUUAACCCUCGUCCGUUUUGCCAGCCGCGAACAUAUAGGCGGUCUUUUGAACCCCCACCCCACCCCCUUGUCGUUUGGCCCCUGAUCGGGCUAGAGCUUCACGGAAAAAGCGAGCGUGUUGCCCGUGAUGAGAGGAAGCUGAUGAUACCUUAUUUUAUGGUCCUACAUAGGUCUUCGGUUGACCUUUCACGUCAGGUCAAAGACCCAAAAGUCGGGAAAGUCGGGACUUGUUAGAACGUCGUAGCAUGGAUUAUCCAUGGUCGGACGUAGUGUGACGGUUUCUGAAUGAGGGUUUUCGGGGUGCUGGUCAUCAUCAUGAUCAUGAAUUUUAUGCUAGUUUUGAUCACAGAUGAUGUUUUCAUGCACCAAAUCCUGACCACCAUGCGAUCAGAAAAUUCCUUACUGUCUGAAGAAUUUAGGAGCCACAUUGCCAGACGUGGUCCAGAUGACGUGUAGGGUCAGACUUGAUGACCUGACCAUUCCCCCCCUCCCCCAACUUGAAGGUCGCUCCGUAUACGCCUCUGCACAUAUGGAUGCAACAGAGGCACUAUUUGCCGUUCACCGGACCUGAAUCGCUACUGAGCAUAUGACGCCUAAGGACAAAUUGUCUGAACUAUGCCCACCUUUCCCUAUUUGCCAUGCUCAUAGCCCACCUAUCACCAUUAAUCCAGGUUGAUGAAUUGUUUGAUUUGUUUCAGAAACAAUGGGGUUUCCUAGCACUGGCAAGCAGUUAUACUUGGGAGAAGGAGACUUUUCUUUCACUCGAUCUCUCUGCGAGAAAGAUCAUCUCCCUAAAGGCGCCAUCGUUACUUGUUACAGUAAAGACCUAACUGAUGAAGCCUCAGACAACUCGGCCUAUCUACAAUCAACAGGCAUAACGGUGCUGACCGGAGUUGAUGCCACAAAGCUCGCUUCGUAUGAAGCAAUCAGUGGUAAUCGCUAUGAUUACAUCAUAUUCAAUUUUCCUCACACGGGUCACAAGAUGAAAAUUCACCUGUGCAGAGCGCUGUUGCGGGACUUUUUGGCAUCAGCAGCACCACUUCUAGCGGAUUCUGGCCAGGUCUGGGUGACGCUGUGCGCCGGCCAGGGCGGCACGGCCGGCGACUCGGUGCGCCGCGCCUGGUCCGACAGCUGGCAGCUGACGGCUCAGGCGGCCGCCGCCGGCCUCGUGCUGCGCCGACUGGAGCCGUUCCAGGCCCAACAGGUGCCCGGGUACCGGCCGACCGGGAACCGCGGCAGUCAGAGCCGCACCUUCCAUACCAGGGACGGUCUGAUCCACGUGCUGGAGGCCGGCCGGCCGCUGUGCCCGGACACCGUGCGCCGGCGGCUGCCGGGCGGACCGGCACGCCUGCUGCUGGACGGCACGCCGCUGCCGCUGGCCCAGUACUGGCUGCGCCGACUGCCGCCGGACGACAGCUCGCUGGCCGCUCACGUGGUGCGCCGGCUGGCGGCGGGCGCGACUCCCCGUCCCCGUGUGCUGGUGGAGCACGACGGUCGCUGUUACGGCGCCGGGCCGGCGGAGCUGAGUGACGCGGCGGCCGGCGGGGACCUCGUCUGCCGGUCGGACGGCGGCGGCUCUCCGGAGGAGGGUUCCGGUGCCGGACAGGACGUCCGUGUCACAUACACCGUACGGGACGGGGAGGUGGGCCCGACGGUGGCGGACGCGCCGCUGCGGACCCGACUGACCAUCAGUGGACCGGCCGACGCCGCGCCCGAGCCGCGACACGCGCUGGCCGCGUUCGGCCUGGUCUGUAAGAAGAGUCGCCAGGAGGACGGGCUGGAGCUGCGCGCCGGCUGCGGCUCCGGCUGGCUACCGGUGGCUCGAGUCCGGACGGGCGACACGGACAGCUCCACGGUGACGUUUGAUGUGGACGCUAUCACCGCGUGCUGGGUGCAGGAGGACGACUGGCGACACGCGGUGCGCUCCGACUUCACCGCCGACGGCACUGCGCUCCGCCUGCACAGUGUCUAUCCUCCGAGCUACUCGCUCGACAUGAGCUUCUGGGUGAGCGGCGGCGGUCCGUCGGACGCGCCCUUCUCGUGGUGCCGGCUGCGACGCGCGCUGCGGGCAGCGCUGGGUGAACUGCUGGUGCGGCUGGAACUGAUUGACGAGUACGAACAGCCGGACAGUGGACGGCGAGCGUGCACGGUGCGACUGGAGUACCAGGACCUGAGCGGGCCGCUGUCACACGGCGGCGUCCGACAUCUGCACGAACAGGUGCUGCCAGAGGUGCUCCGAGACGCGCUAGGUGUGGACACUCGGUGACAGAGUACGCCUCCAGGCAGAGAAUCGCUGCAGGAAUAAGGAACACUACUUUAUAAAUGUUUCGAAAAUACGACCAUCGUUAAAACUGACAUAUUCCAUGAUGACGCGUUUGUUAUCGUAAGUUAUCAAGAAGCUGUGAUAUAGUGUGUCGCUCAUCUUAUCGCUCUUAGUGUUCAGGGGGUUGUGAGUGGUAAUAAAAGGCUCAACAGCCGUCAGGCCGAUUAA